GAGAAAAAAAGGCUAAGGAGCGCACAGCCGUCCGCCACCGCUCACUGCUAGAAAAAUAUGAUCCCGAUAAGAGCGGCUCCUGCGCUUCAACAAACAAGACAACAUUUUCACUGCGACUAAUUUCAGCUGAAAUCAGUGGUCAUCGCUGGUCCUUGUUCAACUAUUUUCUUCUGCGUUCUCAGUCUUUCUCUGCGCUGGAUCUUUCGUGCCAGAAAAUGUGCGUGGAGAGCGAUGGAUGUGAGAUUGAAGGCUGCAGCAGUUCGGAUGAGCUGCCCACGCUGUCGGGCAGCAUGAGUCCCGGACUGAAAUCCAGCCCGGACCUGCAGCCCUGCAAACCGGGCCAGAAAUUCCGCGCUGCGCUUCUCAGAUGCCGGACGCCGGCUGCUGCCGCCGGGAUCCUCAGUUUUGGAAACAUCCUCAAUUACAUGGACAGAUACACUGUAGCUGGUGUUCUUUUUGACAUCCAGCGGCAUUACAAGGUAACAGACAGCGGAGCCGGCUUGUUGCAAACAGUCUUCAUCUGUAGCUUCAUGGUGGCAGCUCCCAUCUUUGGUUACCUGGGCGACCGCUUCAACAGAAAGGUCAUCCUGAGCUGUGGCAUUUUCUUCUGGUCCAUUGUUACGCUGUUGAGCUCGUUCAUCAGUAAAGAGUACUACUGGCUGUUUGUCCUCUCCAGAGGACUGGUGGGCAUAGGAGAGUCAAGCUACUCCUCCAUUUCACCCACCAUCAUAGGAGACCUGUUCACUAACAACAGCCGCACCAUGAUGCUCUCUGUCUUCUAUCUGGCCAUUCCCCUGGGAAGUGGGCUGGGUUACAUCCUAGGCUCUGGUGCCAAGGACGCGGCAGAAGACUGGCACUGGGCUUUAAGGGUGUCCCCAGGCUUAGGUAUCACCGUGGGAUUUCUGAUCUUGCUUUUUGUGCCUGAACCGAAGAGAGGCAACGCAGACCAGAUAGGAGCACGCAUCAGGACUCGUACUUCCUGGGUCUGUGACAUGAAUGCACUCGCCAAGAAUCGGAGCUACGUGUUCUCCUCCCUAGCAUCAGCGGCAGUGUCCUUUGCCACGGGUGCUUUUGGUAUGUGGAUUCCUAUAUAUCUGGCCAGAGCCCAGGUGGUGCAGAGGACAGCGGAGCCCUGUACAAAAGAAGUUUGCCCCAGUCCAGACACCUUCAUCUUUGGAGCCAUCACCUGUGUGACGGGGCUGUUAGGCGUGGUCAUAGGGGCUGCAGCCACACGCCUGUCUCGCCAGAAGACAGAGCGAGCUGACGCCCUCGUGUGCGCUGUCAGCAUGCUGGGCUCAGCCAUCUUCAUCUGCCUCAUCUUCGUGGUGGCCAAGAAGAGCAUUGUUGGAGCUUAUGUGUGCAUCUUUAUUGGAGAGACACUGCUUUUUGUGAACUGGGCCAUUACAGCAGACAUUUUAAUGUUUGUUGUUAUCCCAACACGAAGAGCAACAGCGGUUGCCUUUCAGAGCUUCACGUCUCAUCUCCUGGGCGACGCGGGAAGUCCGUACCUGAUAGGCCUGAUCUCCGACAGCCUUCAGACGACCUACGCUUCAUCAGCGCUGUGGCGGUUUCUCAGUUUGGGCUAUGCCCUCAUGUUGUGUCCCUUUAUCAUCGUCCUGGGGGGGAUGUUUUUUCUGGCAACUGCGCUGUUUUUCCUGGAUGACAGAGAGAAGGCGGAGAAACAGUUGAACCAGCUGGCAAGAACACCCUCUUCAGUCAAGGUAUGACCAGGUGACAAGCAAACAAGGAGCCAUCUGAAGGCGCAAGGAUGACAACACCGUGAUAAAAAGCACGAGCGACUUCUUUCAGACCCCGCUCCUGUUCUGCUUCCUUUCAUCGCCGCUUUGACCUCUUCUUGGCUCCCAAUUCUCAUCCUUUUUAUACUUUGUGGAGGCUCCCUGGAACUGGAAGGAGGGAGCGUCUUGCCCCUCCCUGAGCCGUCUCUAAAAUCACAGGUCGGUGAGAAGCUGCUAAGGUGUGUGCUACCCAGCCCUUUGACAACGAGUGCUCUCCUCACCUCCGUCUGUGACAAUCCACUGAAACUUCCAGGGAGGAGACUGUUGCCAUAGUCCCCCUGUGACCCCUCCGACUCCUGAUGCCAUACUACUGAAUGCUGACCACGAACCUGCCCUGUCUGUCUGUCUGUCUGCCUGCCUGUGUCUUUUGUGUGUCUGUCUGUCUUUUUCAUCAGCUGUCAACCUGCACCAAGUGCCAUAGCCUCGUUACAUUCCUUCUGACUUUGCACUGACCACCAACAUCCCUCAUGACUAUCUUGCUGGCUAUGUUUACAUGCACACUACAGUUCAGUGCUCCAUUAAGCUGUGUAUAUGCAUUUAUACAAUACAUUGGUCAUUACUGUCGCUUUCCAUUCUGCUUGAAGCCUGUAAUCAGAGCAAAAUGUGCUUCAAGAAGAUGUGUUCAUCUGGUCAAGCAUCCCUCCAGUAACAUGACUAAUACCAGAUUACUCCGCCCAUCUUAAUUACAGUUUUAACAAAGAUAUGGUUUACAUGAUGAACGCAGUAUUUUCAUUAUUUGUUUUGCUGUGCAUGUAAACAUGGCGGUCAACCAAGAGCCAAAUAAGUGUUACUGUAUAAGGUCAGUGAAUGAGCCUUAAGAGCAGGAGCUUUCAUAUUAGCAGAUUCUUUUAACUCCUAUAUGUGUUUUGAUUUUAGCUUUUAGCACUUAAAUCAGUGUAGACAGGGCAAGAUGACAUGGCAUAGAUGAUGUCUGCACAUUAUUUUUCACAAGGAUUCUUGUGAGUUUUACUGUUUUUUUUCUUUUUGAGUGUGUGUGUGGGUAAUGUUGAUUUGAAACUGGAGGUUGCUGCCUAUGAUUGUUUCAGAAGGAAGACGAUGAUGCAAUUCGGGUGAUUUAAGUGGACACUGGAUUUUAUGUUCUGUAAUUUAUUAUAUACAUGCUCUUCCCAAAAGAAAAUGACUCUUGACUCAUAAGGAGUUGCACCUGUAUUUUGUGUACAUGAGAAGCAAUAUACAAAAGAAAAAAGAAAUUAGGAAGCCAACCAUUUUUUAUCCACACUGCCUUACUGGUGAACUGGAUUUCCCUUUAAAGGGGUAGCUCUCUGAUGGUUGGUUUGGAAUUCCUGGGCACAAAAACUACUCGCAUGGAGACUGAGUUGCUUUUAAUGAUGGAUUCCAGUCUGGUCCUCACUGCUUACAAUAACAGGCAUUGUGAAGAGAGACUUUUUCCUCAUUCAACUGUUGCUAUCUAAUUUCAUGCUGUGCAGAAAAGACCUUUGAAAAGAGCUGGGGACGCAAUCAUCAGUUUAUUAGCGAUUAGAAUCAAAACCCGAGACAGGAACAGGAAAUUCUUCACGAUCAGGUUAAGACUGAUGGCGAGCUCUUAUUGGUGAUAAACAAGGAAUCCACUGCAGAUGCUGCUACAGGAGAUGAAAGACAGUCCUCCACUAAAUACCUGCACCAGAGAAUGGCAUAGAAACAAGAAUUUGAUGUAAACACUCUAUGCACUCACUAGAGUACAACACAGGUUUGUGAUUAUGCAAAUUUACAGUCUCUGAAAUCGGUGAUGAAACCUUUAGCUGUCGUUUGUACAUACAAAAGUGAACUUUGAUGCUUAUUUCCAAGCUACCAAGAAGGAUCCCUCUUGUAAAAUAUUAUCAUGUGAAUUCGGUUUAACUAAAACCUUGAUGCAAGCAGUUGCCUCAAAGGUUUUGAAACUUGUGCAUAAAGGGAAAGAAAGCACUUUGCAGACCUCUAAGAAAAUACAAGGAGGAGGAGGAUGGAUUGAGCUUGGCAGAAGAGUAAAAGAAGACAUUGUGGUAGUUCACCUAGCAGUGAUGUGUGAGCCAUGACUCACUGGCUGUGUGGGGUGCCCUGUGGGCUGUGUCCUUGAUGCCAGAUCAUUAGCUUUAGCUUCUCUCCAGCUGCGUGAAGUUCUCUGAAUGUGAUUGUGUUCAACCUGACGUGUUUACACACUUUCAUCUUCUUAAUGAACUAAGCUUCUCACCUUCCGUUUAUCAAUUUUCUGGUCUUUUUAACGUUACCAAAUGAUUUUUUAAAUAACUACAGUAUAUAUAUACAUAUAUAUAUAUAUAUAUAUAUAUAUAUAUGUAUACAUAUAUAUAUAUAUAUAUGUAUAUAUAUAUAUACAUACAUAUAUAGAGCUAUAUUACGCAGUAACUAAUAUAUUGUAAAUGAUGGCUUGGAUGCAAUGUAUUUAUUUGUUUGUUACCUAAUGAAGAAUAAUCUAUAAAGGGAAGUUUAAAAUUGUUUUGAAUAUAUAACACUUUAUUGUCGUUUUAAAUUGCCUCGUUGUUUCCAAUCUUUUUGUAUUGCAAUGAAACAACAGAAUACCUUUAUACUUCACCCAGACCCACCCUGUUUACUGUGAUCAUGAACUGGACCUCUCACACAUAUACAAACACAAAGAAAUGUGAUGAUUUGAGCUCCGUCGACUGGUCUCAUUGUAAGGAUGCAAUAGGUUUGCAUUCGUUUUAGUAGCUCUUGUAUGUUUUUCUCCUUUUUGUUUUAAACAUCUAUUCAAACCAUUUUGCACACGUUAAAUUUCAGGGAUUUAUUUUAACCAUAGCUUCAGACGGUUUGUCACUUCAUGCUCACAGUAAGUACAUCCAGUUGUCUGCUG